CAUUGUGCUCGAAGAAACCGGCGUGAAUGUUCGUAUUAAUUGGAUAGUGUACAUUUGAUGAAACAUCUUUUUCUGUGCCGAUUUGUUGGCGUGAUACUUGAGUGAAUAUAUAUUGGAAGACAGAAAAAUAAAAACAAGAGCACUGCCAGUAUCAGAAUCGUUUGUCAAAUAAAUCAAUCAUCUUCUAAUUUGCAUUGUUAGCUUGAGAAAGGGACCGCGAGGAUCGACGCGCGGCAUCAUCUUUGAUUCUGUGAAGAUCGGAUGUGGACAUUGCGCCAUUCGAUCGGCGGUACGGUAGCAACGGAGGUAGCCGCGUGUUUAAACGACCUGGCACGUGGGUGGGUGUAUUGGAUGAGAAGGGGUGAUUGUCGGUGAUGGACAAUGAGCAGCCGCAUCAGGAACUGGUCAAGUGUGUGGUCGUCGGUGACACGGCAGUUGGAAAGACCAGGCUGAUAUGCGCAAGGGCCUGCAACAAACACGUGUCACUUUCGCAACUUUUGACAACUCACGUGCCCACCGUUUGGGCCAUCGACCAGUACAGGAUAUACAAGGACGUCUUGGAACGAUCCUGGGAAGUAGUCGACAAUGUGAAUGUCUCCCUGCGACUUUGGGACACAUUUGGUGAUCACGAAAAAGAUCGACGUUUCGCGUACGGCAGAUCAGACGUCGUGCUACUAUGUUUCUCCAUAACCAAUCCCGUUUCGCUACGGAAUUGCAAGGCGAUGUGGUACCCAGAGAUACGACGGUUCUGCCCUCAGACCCCCGUGCUGUUAGUGGGAUGCAAGAACGAUUUGCGUUACAUGUAUCGAGAUGAAACUUAUUUGAGCUAUUUUCGUGAUCGAAGUCCGUUCGUGAGAGCCACGAGAAAGAGCGAUCUGGUGAUGCCUGAUCAAGCUCGAGCCGUUGCACGUGAACUUGGCGUUUGUUAUUACGAGACCAGUGUCUUCACGUAUUACGGUGUUAAUGAAGUGUUCGAAAAUUCGAUACGUGCUGCCUUAAUUGCGAGGCGUCAGCAACGAUUUUGGAUGACGAACUUGAAGAGGGUGCAGAGACCUCUGCUUCAGGCACCAUUUUGUCCACCGAAACCUGUUCCACCGGAAGUGUGUCUAGCUGCAAGCACUUAUGAAGAGAAUAUGAAGACACUAUGGACAAAGCCUGUUCACACUGACGUGACUUUAAUAGCCGGAAACUGCACGUUUUCCGCUCAUAGGUGUCUUUUAGCCGCUGCAUCGCCUGCAUUUCAUCGACUUUUCUCUAUGGAACUUGUUCAAGAGCAAACACCUCGAAGUUCCAGCGAAUCUAGCAUGGUAAGUACGUUUGGUGAAGCAACGGUCGGUGAUUUUAACGAUGACACCGAGUGCCUGAUUCGUAUCGAUCAAUCAAAACCUGCAAAAGUUUGGGAACAAUUGAAGCGACGUUCGAGCUUUCAAGUACUGCCCACUAUGGACAACCAAAAGAAACCGACUGGUACUACCAGAGAUCUUAAUCAUCCUGCCUUCCAAAACAUUCGUGUAUGUUUGACUGAGAAUACAAACGGAAUGCAGCAAUCAACGACAGUGGUUACGCUGUCUAAGUUAAUUACGCCUCAGGCAAUGCAGCAAUGUUUGCAGUUCAUUUAUACGGGCAGCUUGGAUAAACGGUAUCAUGAUCUACAAACAGCUCCUAUUGGGCUUCUACUGGAAAUUAGACAGGCAGCGGAAUUCUUGGAGCUUCCGCAAUUGUUGAUGGUGCUUGGAACUCUACAAACUAGAGAUCAAUUUAAUAAUGAUCUUAAUAAUCGCUACAAACAGGUAGUGAGGCAACGUUUAGAAGAUAUUUGUCUAGAGCAAGGACUUUUCGCCGAUGUAACAUUUGAAUUAGAUGAUGGAAGUGUUCCAGCCCAUAAAGCGAUUCUCACUGCCCGAUGUGAUGUGAUGAAAGCUAUGUUCUCCGGUGAUUUUCGUGAAAGCAGCGCAAAAGUAAUAGUGUUUCCUGGUGUACGCGAAUACACGUUUCAUAAACUGCUUUGUUAUCUCUAUACGGAUGAAGUGCCAGCAAUUUCCUCUGCCAGAUGUUUGAACCUCUUAGAAUUGGCAAAUCGUCUCUGCUUACCACGACUAGUGAACUUGGUCGAGAGCAGAGUAAUCGAAGAUCUCGAGAGAUUGUCUGGGAACGAGGGAAACGAGGCCGUGGAGAACUGUCUGAGAUUACUGGAACCGUGCAAGUUACAUAAUGCCGAUCAACUGGCCGACUGGUGUAUGAAUUACUUAUGCGUGAAUUAUAACAAAUUGUGCAAAAUGUCUCCACGAAGUGUGCGUCUUCUACAUCCAGAGAAUCAAGAAUAUUUAAAUGAGCAUCGAUGGCCUCCGGUGUGGUAUUUAAAAGACUACGAUUACUAUCAAAAAUGUUUAGCGGAACGAGAUCGGGAGAAUAAGCCAACGUUAAAAAGAAAUCGUAAUCAGUCCGGUUGUUUAUGCUUUUCUGGCACCAGUAAAACUAGAAGAGAGAGUUCCAGCGGUGGUGAAGGUACAGCAUCAUCGGCGAACAACGAUCCACAAUCUGAACGACCUUUGUUCGACUCGAUCGAGUCUGGUGAACAGGUUGUAUGACAAGAGCCCAGCGGCCUACGCCGCUCAGUCCGUUUCAUUUUGGUCCUACCCGUGCUCAUGGUCUUCAUAUGCACCAUUUUUACUAUUUUGAUACUGCUACAAAUUUAUACUUAAGAAAAUUUAAACGCCGAUAACACAAUUUAUGCACAUUGAGGAUGCCUAAAAGCAAAAAGAAAAAAAAAA